AUGACUGCAGUCAAGUUUGAUUUUGAUGACCUGGACACCAACAGGUUCUGUUCAGUGAUGAUGACUAAAAAGAAAUGCGGGGAUGUCUUAAUGCCAUGGUUGGAUGACAAGCCAUUGGAAGAACUCAAUAUAGUCUCACCGUCAACGCCGGCCUCUCUCACCGUCAACGUUAGCCUCGCCGUCAACGCAAGCCUCGGCCACCACCACCACCAGAUGUGCGCAAGAGGAAUGGAAGUGGUUGGGAGUUGUCAUGAUUUUGUUCUUUUUGGACUUUUCACCGGGAGAGAUGACACAGUCAAGAUGCGCGCAGCCGAGAUGCGCGCAGCCGAGAUGGCCAUGGAUAGGCACCAGCACAACAGACAAAAUUCACCCUGGACAUUGACAUCCCAGGAGAAGAAGACAGCAGAUGACAGACUUCUACAGGUCAGAGUGCUGUGCACAAGGCUGCCAUCCCAGUUUAGCACUUCUGCAUUACCCUACAUGAAGUGCAGUGAUUGGAAAAAGUUGGCAUCAAAUAGCAUUCUCAAAUAUGCCUUCCGGGAUAUGUUUGGUGACAACCAGCAGCAGACAUUCUUCCAGCUUUGUGAUGUACUUGCAGAGCUCAUGGACCACAGUGUGGACUUGACCUGCCUUGCCAUACUGGAGGAAGACAUGCACCAUGUGCCAAGUCUCAUUGAGAGAGACUUUCCACUUGGCAUCCAGACAUUGUGCAUGUACAUCAUGCACCAUGCAUGUGCAACUCUGAAAGAGUUUGGCCCCGCAUCGUCACAAUGGAUGUACGGAUUCGAACGCUUCAUGGCAUUCCUGAGAGGAGGAAUUCUGAACAGACGGCUGCCAGAAGCUAAUGCUAUAGAAGCAUACAGAAUAUACGAGUUCAGCCAGUUUAUUGCAAUGGCUGGCCUACUUCCUGAGGGAAGCAUCUGCACAAGCAACACCUUGACAGUUCUGGCAGCCACAGAAGACCAAAACAAGGAUGACAUGGGAAAUGCAUGCAUUUUAGUUAUACACAGAUUUCCAACUUCCAUUUGUAUUGUUAAAUGCAGCAAAAGUUCUCAAAAUCUAAAGAAUGGCACUUGA